AUUCACAGGACAACUGCAGUCUGACAGCUGCGACUCACGGGACCUGCUGGUGCGAAACUGUCCAGCCCAUCCAUCCCAUCUCCCAUCCCAACCGAUCACUUGCUUUCUCCUCCCUUCCUCAUCAUCGUUGCAUCCCCAUCAUCCAUCCAUUGGCCUUCCUUCCUUUCCUUUUUUUAGCAAUUGGUGGUCGUGACGAUGAAGAACAGUCUUGUCAUCGCAGCAGCUGCGCUGCUCGGUGCCGCCGAUGCGGGUAUGCAUCGUAUGAAGCUUCAGAAGGUGCCUCUGUCGGAGCAGCUAAGCGCCGCCAAUAUUGGCGACCAUAUGCGUGCACUUCGCCACAAAUACACCCAGAAGCCGAUCGGUGGCCCCAGCGAGGACAUCUUCAGUGACACUUCCAUCCAUCCUGAUGGUCCCCAUGAUGUUCCAGUCGAGAACUUUUUGAAUGCGCAAUACUUCAGCACCAUUGCCCUUGGCACACCGGCUCAGGAAUUUAAGGUCGUGCUCGACACUGGCAGCUCCAACCUCUGGGUCCCCAGCACCCAGUGCGGUUCGAUCGCUUGCUACCUUCAUCAGAAGUACGAUUCCUCAGCCUCCUCUACCUACAAGAAGAAUGGAUCUGAGUUUGGAAUCCGCUAUGGAUCUGGAGAGGUGGCUGGCUUCAUCUCUCAGGAUCUCCUGCGCAUCGGAGACCUCAAAGUCAAGGAUCAAUUGUUUGGAGAGGCGACCAGCGAACCUGGUCUGGCUUUUGCCUUUGGCCGUUUCGACGGUAUCUUGGGUUUGGGCUACGAUACCAUCUCAGUCAACCACAUCCCUCCUCCGUUCUACAACAUGGUUGACCAAAAGUUGCUUGACGAACCUGUCUUUGCAUUCUAUCUUGGCAACACUGAGGAUGGCACCGAGUCUGAGGCCACUUUUGGCGGCAUUGACAGCAACCACUACACAGGCAAGAUGAUUAAGAUCCCCCUCCGCCGGAAGGCGUACUGGGAGGUCAACCUGGACUCCAUCACACUUGGCAAAGACUCGGCCGAUCUUGACAACACCGGCGUCAUUCUCGACACGGGCACUUCGCUGAUUGCUCUUCCAAGCACUCUCGCGGAACUGCUCAACAAAGAGAUUGGUGCUAAGAAGGGCUUCAACGGCCAGUACACUGUCGAAUGUGACAAGCGCGACUCGCUACCCGAUAUCACCUUUACUCUUAGUGGGUACAACUUCUCCAUCACAGCUCAUGACUACAUCCUUGAGGUCCAAGGUUCUUGCAUCAGCAGCUUCAUGGGCAUGGACUUUCCAGCGCCCACCGGUCCUCUUGCUAUUCUCGGUGACAGCUUCUUGCGGAGAUGGUAUAGUGUUUAUGACCUGGGCAACGAUGCAGUUGCUUUGGCCAGAAGCAAGUAAGACAAUUUUGUAGAACUGGGGACAGGGUGCCAAAUUGCUGCUGGAAACCUUUUGGGGAAACGUGGCUUUGAGGAUAUUUGUUACUAUGCGCAAGUGGAAUCGGGGGAUGCAUGUUGUCUUCUCACACCGACCAACAUAAUUGUGUACAUCAAGCACCUUUCGUCCAGCCGUGCGUGUAACACGCGGGGACUGGCGCUCUUAUCGAAAAGCAGUCUCAUAUACCCAUAGUCAAUGGAUGAAGCAAAUUGUCUUCUCGAGACCUCCAGAAUCUGGUGAUGUAGCUGGGAGAGUGGAGUCUCGUGACCAUCGGAUGAUCAGCUUGGUGGCUCUUUGUCCCCUGACGGCAUAUAGCGGGGCUC